CGGGUGUGUUGUGAGCAGGUAAAACACUAAAAUGUGUGAGACUGGGGUACACCAGUACCAGGCUUGGGAACCUAUGCUUUACGGCAAUCUGUAUAUGUACGAUUUCCGGAUUUCUUUUGUCACCUUCGUUCGAGUCACUUGUCGUUCGUCUCUUCAGGCCUGACUCGGUUCUCGCGUCUUGCCAAUCCCCGCGGUUCGAGGCGCUCGGCGCUCGGCUCUUGUCUCCGUGAGUCUGAGGAACGCUUGGGAACAUGGCGUCAGACGGAAUGAUUUUAACUAACCAUGACCACCAAAUUCGAGUUGGAAUCUUGACAGUGAGUGACAGCUGUUUCAGAAACCUUGCUGAAGACCGAAGUGGAAUCAACCUUAAAGAUCUCGUUCAUGACCCAUCCUUGCUUGGAGGCAUAAUAUCUGCAUACAAAAUAGUACCUGAUGAGAUAGAUGAAAUCAAGGAGACUCUAGUGGACUGGUGUGACGAGAAAGAGCUUAACCUUAUCUUGACUACUGGUGGAACUGGCUUUGCUCCUCGUGAUGUCACACCAGAGGCCACGAGGGAAGUGAUUGAACGUGAAGCUCCAGGGAUGGCCCUUGCCAUGCUCAUGGGCUCAUUAAAUGUCACACCUCUCGGCAUGCUGUCCAGACCUGUAUGCGGCAUCAGAGGCAAAACUCUCAUCAUUAAUCUACCUGGCAGCAAGAAAGGCUCACAGGAGUGCUUCCAGUUCAUCUUGCCUGCCCUGCCUCAUGCCAUCGACCUUCUGCGUGAUGCUAUAGUGAAAGUGAAGGAGGUUCACAAUGCACUGGAGGACCUGCCCUCACCCCCACCACCCCUCUCACCUCCCCCUGUCACCAGCCCACAUAAGCAGACUGAGGAAAAGGGCAUUCAGUGCGAGGAAGAAGAGGAGGAAAAGAAGGACAGUGGAGUUGCCUCGACCGAGGAUAGUGGCUCCUCACAUAUCACAGCAGCGGCUAUUGCUGCAAAGCAUGUUCAUCUUCAGAGUGUAUUCCAUCCCACCCAUUCUGUUGUAAUGGCCAAAGGGGGGCAGCCAUUGACUUGCUUCAUCCCUCCCACCACCCUUUCCUCUCAUUUCACCUGCUCCUGUGGAGACAAGAUUCCAGACGCUAUUAUUUCUCGGGGCGUUCAGGUGUUGCCACGGGACACAGCCUCUCUCAGUACCACCCCCUCAGAGUCUCCCCGUGCUCAGCAGUCCCGCCUGUCCACUGCCUCCUGCCCCACUCCCAAAGCAUCACGGAGAGAGUUCAGGGCACACUUGGAUGAGGUCAUCACGCUCCAGUCAAGGUACUCUACCUUGGACCAGGUGCAGUCGCGGUGUGGCAGCAAAGAGAACAUCCUAAGGGCAAGUCAUAGUGCAGUAGACAUCACAAAGGUGGCACGAAGACACCGCAUGUCCCCUUUCCCCCUUACCUCCAUGGACAAGGCCUUCAUCACUGUACUGGAGAUGACUCCUGUUCUUGGCACUGAGCUCAUCAACUAUAGAGAUGGAAUGGGUCGAGUCUUAGCUCAGGAUGUCUAUGCCAAAGACAGUCUGCCUCCUUUUCCAGCCUCAGUCAAAGAUGGCUAUGCUGUUCGAGCUGCUGAUGGCCCAGGAGAUAGAUUUCUCAUCGGGGAGUCCCAGGCUGGGGAGCAGCCUACUCACACAGUGAUGCCAGGCCAGGUAAUGAGGGUGACGACGGGAGCUCCUAUCCCAUGUGGAGCAGAUGCUGUAGUGCAAGUAGAAGAUACAGAGUUACUGAGGGAGUCUGAAGACGGCACAGAGGAAUUGGAGGUGCGGAUUCUGGUGCAGGCACGCCCAGGCCAGGACAUUAGGCCAAUUGGUCAUGACAUAAAACGUGGUGAAUGUGUGCUAGCCAAAGGAACACACAUGGGCCCAUCUGAAAUUGGCCUGUUGGCCACGGUGGGAAUCACAGAGGUGGAGGUGCACAAGUUCCCUGUUGUGGCAGUCAUGUCUACUGGCAAUGAAUUGUUGAAUCCUGAAGAUGACCUCCACCCAGGGAAGAUCAGGGACAGUAACCGCUCCACACUGCUGGCUACCAUCCAAGAGCAUGGCUACCCCACGAUUAACCUUGGAAUUGUCGGAGACAACCCAGAUGACCUGUUGAAUGCCCUGAAUGAGGGAAUAAGUCGUGCAGAUGUCAUCAUCACAUCUGGAGGAGUGUCCAUGGGAGAGAAGGACUACUUGAAGCAGGUUCUGGACAUUGACCUCCAUGCCCAAAUCCACUUUGGUCGGGUGUUUAUGAAGCCAGGUCUUCCCACUACAUUUGCCACCUUAGACAUCGAUGGCACACGAAAGCUCAUCUUUGCCCUGCCAGGUAAUUUCACCUACAGAAACACAGGGGUGACUUUCCUUGAGGCCAUGCCCAUGAGCGACAGCGAGGCAAGCAGGCUACCCAUAUCUCCUCCCCCACGCAGAACCUUGUACAAAGGUGUUCCUGAGGGUAACCCAGUGUCAGCAGUUGUCACCUGUAAUCUCUUUGUUAUCCCCGCGUUGAGAAAAAUGCAGGGUAUCCUGGACCCAAGGCCAACAAUCAUCAAAGCCAGGCUCUCCUGUGAUGUUAAGUUGGACCCACGUCCAGAGUACCACCGCUGUAUAUUGACAUGGCAUCACCAAGAGCCCCUGCCUUGGGCACAGAGUACAGGAAAUCAAAUGAGUAGUCGGCUAAUGAGCAUGCGCAGUGCCAACGGCCUUCUGAUGUUGCCUCCUAAAACAGAGCAAUACGUGGAGCUGCACAAAGGCGAGGUGGUGGACGUCAUGGUUAUAGGGCGGUUAUGAUGUCAUCAAAUAGUAUAUAAACAGAAAAGAAAAAGUGGUGCAUGUCCACAUAUCAUUUAUUAUAUUGUAAUAUGCAAUGGCACAGUUAUUUUUAUUAUUUUUUUCUAUUUGGUCAAAAGUUGCUGAUGUAUAAUCAACAUUGCAAACAAAAGCAAACUUAAAAAGUUAUGGAUAGACAUAGUAUUUCAGCAAGAGAGGGAGUAUGUAUGUGUGUAUAUAUAUGUGUAUAUAUAUAUAUAUAUAUAUAUACACAUACAUACAUACUGUGGAUGUAAAAAGUCUAAACACCCAUGUUAAAAUUGCAGGUUUUUGUGAUGUAAAAAAAAAAAAUUUGAAGGGAUGUCCUGUUUUUGGUAAUGUCAGUGUGGUGCCCCAUUUUCUCCACUUCAUAAUGAUGGCCUUCUCAGUGUUUAAUGGUACAGCUAAUGUUUAGAAAAUUCUUUUGACCUUCAGGCGUUCUUUUGUACCUCCUGAAGGAGACCUUUUAACAGGGAGAUUCCGUACAUGCUUUGUAAGAUCUUUGCGGACCAUGGGUUCAGCAGCCGGAUGAAACCAAAAAGACGUCAAGAAAAUCCUACAGAAAAGCUGAUCUUUAUUUGGGCUUAAUCAGAAUUGCUUUGUUGAUGACAGGUGUAUGAUAAUUACUUUUAAACAUUUGUUUGAAUGUAAUUGGUUAAUUCUGGGCACAGUCACAUGCCCCAUUAUAAAUGGGGGUGCACACUUAGGCCACCAGUUUAAUGUAUUUUUUCUUUUUCUUUUUUCUCCCCUAAAACAUUUCUAUUUUUGAUUUUCACUUGAAUUUUGUUGGUUGCUAUUAUUAUAUUAAAAGGGGGAAAAGAUCUAAUAUGAUUAAUCUUGGUUUCAUUUUUCAUCACAGCGGCAAAAACCUGCAAUUUUAACGGGGUGUGUAGACUUUUUAUAUCCACUGUAUAUGUGUGUGUGUGUGUGUGUAUGUAUGUGUAUAUAUACACACAACAUGGCCAAAAGUUUGCGGACACCUGUCCAUAACACUCAUAGUUUUGAACAUCCUAUUCCAGAUUUAGCUGCCUUUUGCUGUUAUAAUAACCUCCACUCUUUUGGGAAGGCUUUCCACUAGAUUUUUGAACAUGGCAGUAGGGAUUUGCCCAUUCAGCCUCAAGAGCCGUCGUGUGGUCAGGCACUGAUGUUGGGUGAGGAGGCCUGGGGUGUAGUCGGUGUUCUAGUUCAUCUCAAGGGUGUUCUCUGGGGUUAAGGUCAGGGUUCUGUUCAGGGCACUUGAGUUCUUCUGCACCAACCUAUGGACCUCACUUUGUGCACAGGGGCACUGUCAUGAUGGAACAUGUUUGGGCCCCUUAGUUCCAGUGAAGAUAAAUUGUAAUGGUACAGCAUACAAAGACAUCUUAUAUAAUUUGUGCUUCCAACUUUGUGGCAACAGUUUGGGGAAGGCCCACAUAUACGUGUGAUGGUCAGCUGUCCAGCUGCCCACCUACUUUUGGCCACAUAUAUGUGUGUGUGUGUAUAUAUAUAUAUAUAUAUAUAUAUAUAUAUAUAUAUAUAUAUAUAUAUAUAUAUAUAUAUAUAUAUAUAUGUGUAUAUAUAUAUAUAUAUAUGUGUAUAUAUAUAUAUAUAUAUAUGUACAUACUUUUGGGCACAUAUAUAUGUAUUUACACACACACAUAUACAUACAUACACUGUGUCCCAAAGGUCUCCAUACUUAGGGGACGAUGUAUGCCAGCACCACGUCGGUUGUGCCUUCAUGAGUAGAUGUUCUCGGUUGACGUGGAUGUCACUUCUCCACUUCAAGUCAUUUUGAAUUUGUUAAUAAGUUUGGCAACAGUGUUGUGUGUGAUGUGCUUGCCAUGUUUCCUGUUAUAGUCAAUUGCAACCUUGCAACAGCUUCCUGCUCCAGCCAUGAGAAUGAUUUCAAAACCUUCAUAGGCAUUCUUUUCAAGGCUAUUUGAAAAAAAAAUUGUAAUAUAAUUUGUAAAAUUGUGGAAGACAUUUUGCUAAAAAAAAAUUAUUUCCCCUAUGUAUGGAGACUUUUAGGACACUGUGUAUCCUACCCUGUGUGAAGAAAAAAAAAAAAAUAAAUAAAUAUAUAUAUAUAUAUAUAUAUAUAUAUAUAUAUAUAUAUAUAUAUAUAUAUAUAUAUAUAAAAAACACUGAUUAUCUCGUUACUGUGGCACCUGUCAAGGGGUGGGAUAUAUUAGGCAGCAAGUUCUCAAAGUUUAGUUCUCGAAUUUGAUGUGUUUGAAGCAUGAAAAAUGGGAAAAUGCAAGAAUUUGGGUGACUUUGACAAGGGCCAAAUUGUGAUGGCUAGACGACUGAGUCAGAGCAUCUCCAAAGCGGCAGGUCUUGCGGGGUGUUCCUGGUAUGCACUGGUUAGUACCUACCAAAAGUGGUUCAAGGAAGGACAGUCGGUCCGAUCCCACAGAAGAGCUACUGUAGCACAAAUUGCAGAAAAAGUUAAUGCUGGCUAUGAUGGAAAGGUGGCAGAGUGCAUCGCUGCUUGCUGUAUAUGGGGUUGCAUAGCUGCAGACUGGUCAGAGUGCCCAUGCUGACCCCUGUCCACAGCCGAAAGCGUCUACAAUGGGCAUGUGAGCAUCAGAAGUGGACCAUGGAGCAAUGAAAGAAGGUGGCUUGGUCUGAUGAAUCAUGUUUUCUUCUACAUCAUGUGGACAGCCGGGUUUGUGUGCAUAGCUUACCUGGGGAAGAGCUGGCACCAAGUACACCCCUUCAUGGCAACGGUAUUCCCUAAUGGCAUUGGCCUCUUUUAGCAGGAUACCUCAAACCAUUCCUGAAUAAUUUUUGCAGUGUGCAGGGCACAUUACUCUGGGGUAUGUACUUGGUCUGCAACAAUGUUUAGGUAGGUGGUAUGUGUCAAAUAACAUCCACAUGAAUGCCAAGACCCAAAGUUUCCCAGCAGAACAUUGCCCAGAGCAUCACACUGCCUCUGCCGGCUUGCCUUCUUUCCAUAGUGCAUCUUUGUGCCAUCUCUUCCCAGGUAAGUGACGCACACCCAAAACGCAAAAAAAAUUACUGCACAUGUAAAAGAAAACAUGAUUCUUCAGACCAGGCCACCUUCUUCCAUUGCUCCAUGGUCCAGUUCUGAUGCUCACAUGCCCAUUGUCAAAGUAGGCGCUUUUGGCAGUGGACAGGGGUCAGCAUGGGCACUCUGACCGGUCUGUAGCUACGCAGCCCCAUACGCAGCAAGCAGCGUUGCAAUGUGUGUUCUGACAGCUUUCUGUCAUAGCCAGCAUUAAUGUUUUCUGCAAUUUAUGCUACAGUAGCUCGUCUCUGGGAUCGGACCAGAUGGGCUAACCUUUGCUUCCAAGGCGCAUCAGUGAGCCUUGGGCGCCCGUGACCCUGUCGCUGGUUCACUGGAUGUCCUCCUUGAACCACUUUUGGUGGGUACUAACCACUGCAUACCUGACCCAGUCAUCUAGCCAUCACAGUUUGGCCCUUGUCAAAGUUGCUCAGAUCCUUACACUUGCCUAUUUUUCCUGCUUCAACACAUCAAUAUCGAGAACUGACUGUUCAUUUGCUGCUAUCCCACCCCUUGACAGGUGCAAUUGUGAGGAGAUAAUCUAUGAUAAUCAAGGUUUUAAUGUUAUGGCACACACACACGCACACACACACAAUAAAUAAAUAAAUAUAUAUAUAUAUAUAUAUAUAUAUAUAUAUAUAUAUAUAUAUAUAUAUACAUACAUACAUACAUACAUACACUUUUUUUUUCCACACAGGAACAUCAUACUAAUACUGGGUAAGAACCCCUCCCUUUUGCUCACACAACAGCCUCAAUUCUUCAAGGAGUGAAUUCCACAAAAUCUUGGAAAUGUUGUCAUUGUUGUAUUAGCUAAUUGAUACGACUCAUCUAUUCUUUGAAUGCUACAGCCAAUCUGAUUACUGUUGCUGAUCACGCGCAUCGCUUUAUGGCCACAAUUUAUCUUAUAAUGGCUACUUUCAGCAUGAUAAUGCACCAAGACACAAAGCACAAGUCAUCUUAAACUGGUCCCAUUAACAUGACAAUGAGUUCAUUGUAAUUCAUUGGCCUCCCCAGUCACCAGAUGUGAAUGGGGCAUCUUUGGGAUGUGGUAGAAUGGGAGAUUCACAGCAUACAUUUUUAGCUGACAGAUCUGCAAGUUAUGUAGUUAUGCGUACAAUUAUGCAUUCGUGUCAACAUGAAAUAGACACUUUUUCCAGCACUUUGUGGAGUCUAUGCAAUGAAGAAUUGAGGCUGUUCUGAGAGCAAAGUUGGAGUUCUACCCAGUGUUAAUGUUGGCUAUGUAUAUACACACACAUACUGGUUAUAAUUUUUUUUGUGCACAAAAGAGAAUAGCAAUUAAAUAAGGAAACCUACUUUUUUUUACCAGGAGGGCAAACUUGUUAAGCCUGUAGAAAAAAGACUUAUAGACAGUGCAAAUAUGACUAUGACUAUUUUCAUUAACUAUGAAAAUAUAUAUAGUGUGCUACAAGUGCCUAUUUAGAGUGAUAAAGAUUUUGGGCUUUUGCAAUUAGAUUAAAUUAGAUAUAGAGUGUUCCAGUAAAGUCAUUUCUAACAUUUCUUAAUUUACUAAACAUAAUAAUAAACAAUUCUCAAUUCAUUAUACCUAUUUUAGUUUAAUAAAUUAAAAAAUUUAAAAUGAGGUCAUUUUAUGCUAAGAAUAUUUGCUAUGUUCAGAUACUUUUGAUUUUAUAAGGAGCACCUGUAAACAUGCUAAUUCAUGCAGUUAUUCAUGCAACCAAUCAGGUGGCAGCAGCACAGUGCAUAAAAGAAUACAGAAAUUGAACAGCUGAAAAAAAUGGGAAAACAUUGCCUGGUUUUUCUCCAGUCUUCAUCUGUCCAUUUUGUGGGUGAGCCUGUGUCCUCUGUAACCUCAGAUUCCUGCUUUUGGCUGACAGGAAUGGAACCCGAUGUACUCUUCUGCCUUUGUUGCCCAUCCUCCUUAAAGUUGUGCAUUCCAAGUGGCUCUUCUGCUCACUAUGAUUGUAAAGAAUGGUUAUUUGAGUUAGCAUAGACUUCCUGUCACCUAGAACCAGUCUAGCCAUUCUCCUCUGACUCUACAGACUGUUGUGUGUGAAAAUCUCAGGAGAUCAGCAGUUUCUGAAAUACUCAAACCAGCCGUCUUGUACCAACAAUGAUGUGAUGGUCAGAGUCACUGAGAUCAUCAUUUUUUCCCCAUUCUGAUGUUUGAUGUGAAUAUUAACUGAACCUCUUAACCUGUAUCUGCAUGAUUUUAUGCAUCAUUAUUUUUAUAUAUGUUAUAUGCACACACACACACGAUGAUUAGAAAAAGUCUACACGCUCCUGUUAAAAUGGCAGAUUUUUGCAAUGUAAAAAAAAAGGAAACCAAGUUAAAUCAUGUCAGAACUUUUUCCACCCUCAGUGUGAAAUUACAACAUAUAAAAAUUAAGUGAAAAACAAUCAGAAACAUUUUAGGGGAAAAUCACAUUCAAUUUCAUGUUCAAAAGUAAUUAUCAUACACCUGUCAUCAAUGAAAUUGUUCUGAUUAACCCCAAAUAAAGAACAGCCAUUUGUGUAGGAUUUUCUUCACAUCAUCUUGGUUUCAUCUGACUGCUGAAGCCAUAGUCUGCACAGAGCUUACAAAGCAUAUAUGAUAUCUUUCUUGUUGAAAGGUAUGGAUCAGAAGAGGGGUAUAAAAGAAUUUCCAGGACAUUAAAUGUACAAAUGAACACCGUAAAAGGCCAUCAUCAACAAAUAGAGAAAAUGGAGCACCACAGUGACAUCACCAAGAACAGGAGGUCCUGUCAAAAUUUAUAAAAGGACAAGACAAAAACUUACCAGGGAGGCUGCCAAGAGACCUACAGCAACAUUAAAGGAGCUGCAGGAAUAUCAGACACGUACUGAUUACUCUCUGCAUGUGACAACAAUCUUUCAUUUUUCACUUGUCUGGGCUACGGUGGCUAGACGGAAGCUCUUUCUCACAAAAAACUAGCUCAACUAAAACUCCCCAAACCAUGUGGCAAAAUGUGUUAUGGUCUGAUGAGACCAAUUACAAAAGGUAUAAUAAUUCUAUAAUUUCAAAAGGUAUGUUUGGUGCAAAAAAGCACAUCACUAAAAAACACCAUACCCACAGUGCAGCAGGGUGGUGGCAGCAUCUUCCUUUUCUUUACCAGUCAAUUUUAGUGCAAAACUUUUCAGGUGUCUACUAGUAAGCUGAAGAUGAAAAGGAAUUUCACAUUUCAACAUGACCAAUGGGUUAACCAAAAGAAGAUCAAUGUUUUUGAAUGGCCUAGCCAGAGCCCAGUCCUGAAUCCCACUAAAAAUCUGUGGACUCACAUGAAGUGGGCUGUGCACAGGAGAUGCCCUUACUAUUUGAUGGAUCUAGAAUGUUUUGUUUUGAAGGUUGUGAAAAUAUUGGAAAGUCAAGGUGUGCCACGCUGAUCAACUGUUACCCAAAAAGACUGAGUAGUGUAAUAAAUUCAAAAGGUACUUCAACAAAGUACUCGUUUAAGGGUUGUGCACUAUUAUGCAACUAGGUUAUUGUACAUUUUUUAUUUAUCCUUUUUUCCCCUAAAAAAAGUUUCUGAUUGUUUUGCACUUAAUUUCUAAGUUGACAGUGGAAAAAGUUCUGACAUGAUUUAUCUUGGUUUCAUUUGCAUCACAAAAACCUGCCAUGUUAACAGGGGUGUGUAGACUUUCUAUAUCCAUGCUGUGUGUGUGUGUGUAAUAUUAUGCAUUUUCCAUGAAACUUCAUACUUUCAUACAUCAAUUGAGCUGUAAAAUGAACAGCAAAUGUACUCAAGACAUUCACAAGGUUAGAAAUAAUGAUUUUUGCUUGAAAUAAGAAUUUUAACCUUCAAAUUUUGCUUUUGUCAAAGAAUCUUCCCUUUGCAGCAAUUACAGCCUUGCAGACCUUUGGCAUUCUUGCUCUCAGUUUGUUGAAGUAAUCUGAGGAAAUUUCACCCCAUGCUUCUCGAAGCACCUCCCACAAGUUGGAUUGGCUUGAUGGGCACUUUUUAUGAACCAUAUGGUCAAACUGCUUCCACAACAGCUCAAGAGGGUUGAGAUCUGGGCCAGUCCAUUACAGAUAGUAUACCAGCUAACUGCUUCUUCGCUAACUAGUUUUUGCAUAGUUUGGAGCUGUGCUUUGGGUCAUUGUCCUGUUGUAGAAGGAACUUGGCUCCAGUCAAGCACUGCCCACAGGGUAUGACAUGGCAUUGCAAAAUGGAGUGAUAGCCUUCCUUGUUCAAGAUCCCUGUUAUCUUGUAUAAAUAUCCCACUUUUGCUCCACUGAAGCACCCCAUCAACUUUCCUCCACCAUGCUUGACAGAUGGAGUCAAGCACUCCGCCAGCAUCUUUAAAUUUUUUUUUUCUGCAUCUCACAAAUGUUCUUCUUUGUGUUCCAAACGCCUCUAACUUAGAUUUGUCUAUCCAAUUUUUUCUAAUUUUCCUCUGUCCAGUGUCUCUGUUCUUUGGCCCAUCUUAGUCUCUUCCUUUUAUUGGCCAGUCUCAGAUUUGACUUUUGCUUUGUAAUUCUGCCUAGAAGGCCAGCAUCCUGGAGCCAUCUCUUGACUGUUGAAGUUGAGACUGGUGUUUUGUGGGUACCAUUCAAUGAAGCUGCCAGUUGAGGACCUGUGAGAUGUCUGUUUCUCAAGUACUUCCCACUUCUCUUUCUAUCCUGGUUAGAGCCUUUUUGUGCUGUUCUUUGAAGGGAGUGAUGCACACCGUUGUAUGAAAUCUUCAAUUUCUUGGCAAUUUGUCACAUGGAAUAGACAACCUUUCUUAGAACACGAAUAGACUGACAAGUUUCAGAAGAGACUUGUUUUCUUUUUCUGGGCAUUUUGAGUCUAUAAUAGAACCCACAAAUGUUGAUGCUCUAGAUACUUAGCUAGCCUAAAGAAGACCACUUUUAUUGCUUCUUUAAUCAGCACAAUGGUUUUCAGCUGUGGUAGCAUAAUUGCAAAUGGGUUUUCUAAUGAUUAAUUAGCCUUUUAACAUGAUAAACCUGGAUUAGCUAUCACAAUGUGCUAUUGGAACACAAUUGUGAUGGUUGCUGAAAAUAACUCUCUUUAUGCCUAUGUAGAUAUUCCAUUAAAAAUCAUAAGUUUCCAGCUAUAAUAGUCAUUUAUAACAUUAACAAUGUCUAAACUGUAUUUUUGAUUAAUUUAAUGUUAUUUUAGUUGAACAAAGUGUGCUUUUCUUUCAAAACUAAGAGAAUUUUGAAGAGACCCCAAACUGUUGACCAGUAGUAUAUGUUUGAUUUCUUCUAUAUUUGCAUGUUUGCCACAGUUAAUUGUUUCAGAUCUUCAAACAACAUUUAUACAAGAAAACCUAAGUAAACAUAAAGUACAGUUUUUAAAUGAUCAUUUCAUUUAUUGAAGGAAAAAAAUAUCCAAAACCACCUGGCCCUGUGUGAAAAAGUAAGUACCCCUUAGUUAUGCAAUCAACCAAUUAACCAAAUUUAUAAUUGGGUUCAAUUAGACUAGACACACCCAGGAUUGAUUACUGCCAUACCUGUUGAAUCUGAGCAUCACUUAAAUAGAACCUUUCCAGCAAUGUGACAUGUGGCAAUGUAACAAUGUGGCUAAAAGGUCGAGAAGCAGCACACUAUGCCGCGAUCGUAAGAAAUUCCGGAAGAGAUGAGAAAGAACAUUAUUGAAUUAUAUCUGUCUGCAAAGGGUUACAAAGCCAUUUCUAAGGCUCAGGCGCUCCAGCAAACCACAGUAAGAGCCAUCGAUAAAACUUGGAUCAGUGGUGAAUCUUUCCAGCAGUGGCAGGCCUACCAAAAGAGCUCACUGAUGACUCAUCCAGGAAGUCACAAAAGAACUCAAACAAACAUCCAGGAACUGACCUUGCUCGACUCAGACAAGGUCAGCCUUCAUGAGCCCACCAUUAGAAAGAGACUGAGCAAAAAUGAUUUACAUGGGAGAGCUACAAGACAAAAACCACUGCUGACCAAGAGGAACAUAAAGGCUCUUCUCACACUUGCCAAACAAACCUUGAUGACUCUCCAAACUUUUGUGAUAAGGUUCUAUGGACUGAUGAGUUGAAAGUGGAACUUUUUUGGGAGCCAUAGAUCCCACCCCUUGCACAGAUGUUACACAGCAUCCAGAAUAAGAACAUAGUACCAGCACUCAAACAUGGUGCUGGCAGUGUGAUAGUGUGGGGAUAAUUGACAGAAUAUCAAUUCUGCUCUCUACCAGAAAAUCCUGAAGGAGAAUGACUAGUCAUCAGUCUGUGAUCUGAAGCUUAAGCACAAUUGAGUCAUCUAGCAAGAUAAUGAUCUGAAGCACACAAGCAAGUCCACUUUUGAAUGGCUCAAAAGAAACAAAAUUAAGGUUUUGGAGUGGCCUAGUCAAAGUCCUUACUUGAACCCUAUUGAGGUGCUGUGGCAGGACCUUAAAUGGGCAGUUCUUGAUUGAAAGCCCUCUAAUGUAACUAAAUUAAUGCAAUUCUGCAAGAAGAGAAAAAAAUUGAAGAGAAAAAGACUGAGUUAUUAGAAGCGUUUAGUUGCAGUUGUUGCUGCCAAAGGUGGCACAACCAGUUAUGUUUAGGCCCUCCCAACCCAGGUGCUUUUUCACAUGGUCGAUAUAGGUGCAUAACCUAUGCAUAAUUUUUUUCCUUCAAUAAAUGAAAUGUUUGUUUAAAAACAGUGUUUUGCGUCUUCAUGUUCCCCUUGUCUUACUAUAUAUUUAUGAGGAUCUAACACCAUUUAGUGUGACAAAUAUGCAAAAUUAGAGGGAAUGCAGGGAAACAUUUCUUAUUGGUGGAGAAAACAUUACAGACCAGUUUGGUCCUCUGGCCUGCAGGAGUACUCUCUGAUUUCCUCAAGCUGGAUUAAGGUUACCCAGCGUUUUCCUUUACUAUGUACAGUAUGCUCUACAGAAGUGUGAUUAUACUUCAUAAAAGACAGACAAACCACUGUGUUUAUGGCACAAUUCCAAAGGCCUGGAUCACUGAGGAGAUUGUGUACUUAUGAAAUUUGAGAGAAAUGGGGUGCCACUAAGUAAUGCCAAACUAUACAUCAGUGUUAGAGGAGACUUCAGAAAUCAGCAAAGACACAUGUUUUUUCUGUUACUGAAAUGUGCUGUCAAAUCCACCAUUAUUAUAAAUUAUACCCAGUAUCCCAGCGUUUCUUAUCACCUUAUUCAAUUUAUUGAUUCAGUUAAUCUCUAGAUUAGUAGGGUCAGGUGUUUUUGGAUGAGGGGAAAUUUCUAAAUAUGUUGGGCAGUGGGUCCCCAGGUUGAGAAAUCCUACUCUAUCAAACCAGCUUGGAUCACUCUUUGAGGCUUGUAGGGCUGGGACAUUUUAUUUGUUUGACUUUAAAAGGAGGAUACAGCAUGUUUUUAACCUAAAUACACAAAAUGUACAGUCAAAUAUGCUAGACUAAUGUACAUAUAUGUGACCAGCACUCUUGAAAUAUUGAAGCAAUGAGGAGAAAACCCCUGUACACUAUAUAUACACUAUAUAAGUUUUCUGUAAUGAUAUUAAAACUUAUAAUUAAAAUCAUUAAUCAUUAUGUAAAAAUGCGGUUCAGUUUCUCUUUUUAAAAUAAACAGUGAGAGUUGGCUGAAUUACCUGUCGUUUGUUACCAAGUGUAUGUCCACUUAGUUGUACUUAUAAAUGUAUUGUUAUAGUAUAAAUAAAAUAUAUAUGUUGGAAGUCC